UUAAAUCCCCCCACCAACUUUGUGUCUCCCCAUUUGAUUACUCAUUGGAUCACCUUCCUGAAGAAAUCCCCUCUUGUUACCUCAUUACAGAUGCCUUGCCACCGACUGAGUAUUUUGGGUCUGUUGAUUCUAUCUGUGGUCCUGACCAACGCGGAUGUGGGCUACCAUUACAACAGACCGACGAGACCCACGGCUCCCUCGGCGCCAUCGGGAGCAGGAUCUGUGUAUACGGGUCACCAGUUCAGUGCGCUGCCCACCAUUCACCCACUGCCUCCGAUUCCGGCACUUCCGCCACUGCCCACGGCCAGGGUUCCGCUGCCCAGGAGUCGUCCCACAGCUCCGGCUGCCAGCAUCGUUAGUCAUUAUCUGCCACCGAAGCCCGUGGUCUCCACAUACAUUCCUCCGCCAGCUGCUGCCCCCAUCGCAUCCAUAAGUUUCCACGGAACGCCCACUUUCAAGCCCAGCUAUGGACCUCCACCACCGGCACAGACUUCUCUUGCCACGCCCAUCGUGGUGCCGCCCACCGGACCAGCUCCACUGACCGCAGGAGGAAAUCUGCGCAUUCCCUUCGGCAAGCAGGCGCUGAUUUCCCCCGGAGAAUCCUACGUUUCCAAUGGCAGGCAGCUGAAGCAGUACGCCGUCAUCGAGAUUAUCGACAACGAUAUAGACGAAACACCGGGUCCAUUCCUGUCCAGUUCGAGCUUCUUCGAUCGCUAUGGCGCCCAUGUGGGUGCUCCGUCGGCCAAUGGCAUCCAGCUGGACUCCCGGGCCAAUUCCGUGCUGCUGGAGCAGCAGCAGCUGGCCAUCCAGCCGCGAUCCCAGGGUGGAGCACUGGGCGGAGAUGCCAUUGCCCUGGGAUCGGGCGGCCUGGGCUUUGUGCGAUUGCCCAAUGGGAAUGUGUACCUCGGCUCCGGAUCCCUGGGCUACAUCAGUGGUCAGCAGCGGGUGGCCUCCGUGCUGGAGGCACGCACUCGAUCGGAGUCCACGUCGGAUGCCCUGCACUUUGGACACGGUCCUCUGGGCGGAGUCGACAAUCUGCUGAGGUUCUAGUAGAGAGGCUACCAUCCUUAUACGCGCACACAUCCGCACCUACAUCUAUGAAAAUUAUGUAUAUUUUAUUGUAAAUAUGUAAUUAAACAAGUUUAAACCACGACUUUUUGUGUAGACCGUAAGCUUGCCUAAACUAUUUGAGAUUCUUGUACAUUUGUCCUAUGCGAAACAUCGAAACUUGAUCCAAUAAAUAUAAAUAUGGUUAAAAAAUAACGCAUUUUAAUUGGAAUUAAUUCCCAAUUUACUUACAGAUCAUUAGG